AUGCCCUUACUUGACGCCCACUCAGGCCCCUCAUAUGGCACACUCGAUCAAAUGGAGAGACACGAUCAGUACGAAGGAGAGCAACUCCUUCCCACUGGAUACGACAGCGAUGACCAUGGCAGUGAGAUAACAUCGGAUGACUCGGUGCAGGAAGGUGUUCGGAAGAUUGAAGCCAUCAACUUGACCUGGACAACGAAGUCAUUGGUUGUUGCUUAUGUCAGUAUCUUCCUUAUGGCGUUCUGUACUUCUUUAGAAGGCCAGACCACCAUGUCACUCUCUGCUUAUGCCACCAGUGCAUUUAGCAAACACUCAUUGAUUUCAACUGUUCUUGUUGUUCAGAAUGUAGUCAAUGCUGUCAUCAAGCCUCCCAUGGCUAAGAUCGCCGAUGUCUUCGGUCGCUUCGAAGCGUUCUGCGUGUGCAUCUUGAUAUAUGUUCUCGGUUAUAUACAAAUGGCUGCUUCGACCAAUGUCCAGACUUAUGCAUCGGCUCAAAUAUUCUAUUCCGCCGGCUCGACGGGCUUACAGAUCCUCCAACAAGUGUUCAUUGCGGAUAGCAGCAGCCUUCUCAACAGGGCAUUCCUUGCCCUCCUUCCAGAGUUUCCGUUUCUGGUUACAGUUUGGAUUGGACCAUCAAUAGCUGACGCAGUGAUGCGCCACUCGUCAUGGCGUUGGGGCUACGGGAUGUGGUCAAUCAUUCUGCCUGCUUCAUUUCUCCCGUUAGCGCUGACGUUAUUGUUGAAUCAACGCAAGGCUAAAAGGCUAAACCUCAUUAAGCAAAAACACGCUCCUCGGGGUGGCCUCGUUGCUGUUAUCCGUCGCACCUGGUACGAUCUGGACAUGUUUGGUUUGAUACUUCUUUCGGCGGCAGUUACAUUGAUUUUGGUGCCUCUCACACUUGCCGCCAGUGCUAAAGACGGCUGGAAGAACGACAGUAUCCUGGCAAUGAUUGUGGUUGGCAUAGUUUGUUUACUGGCGUUGCCGCUGUGGGAGAGUUCGAAAAGGUUUGCCCCUAAACCACUUCUUUCCCUACACCUUCUCAGGCAACGCACAGCGCUUGCUGGCUGCGCUUUAGCUUUUUGGUACUUUAUGGCAUUCUAUUUUUCGGUCCAACCGUAUCUUUACUCUUAUCUUCAAGUGGUCCAAGGAUAUGAUGUCGCCACGGCUGGCCGUGUGACGCAGACGUUUGCGUUUACGUCGACCAUUGCUGCUUUCUCAGUGUCCUUAUUGAUCAAGUACACGCGACGCUAUCGAAUCUAUGUGACCAUUGGAAGCGCGAUUUACAUGUUCGGUCUUCUUUUGAUGAUGCUUUACCGCAAAGAAGGGAGCUCAUCAACGCUAAUUCUUGGGACACAGAUUGUGGUUGGUAUGGGAGGCGGCCUCCUCAAUGUGCCUGUCCAGCUGGGAGUUCAGGCAUCUGCUAGCCAUCAGGAGGUUGCGGCUGCUACGGCAAUGUUUUUGACAUCUAUGGAGAUGGGUGGUGCAGUUGGCGCUGCGAUCUCAGGAGCCGUCUGGACGCACAACAUUCCGCGGAAGUUGCGGCGUUACCUCCCUGAUGAGAAUAAGGGGGAUGCUAAGGAAAUAUUUGGGAGAUUGGACAAGGCACUAUCUUUUCCUAUGGGAUCACCGGUUAGAGUUGCCAUCAACCGGUCUUAUCAAGAGACUAUGAAUAAGCUGUUGGUGUUGGCGCUGAUCGUGACGAUACCGUUGAUACCCUUGAGUCUUUUGAUGAAGAAUUACAGGUUGGACAAAGUCAACUCUGAACCAGUGGACGGGCCUAAUGGGGACCAUCUGGUUUCAGACAACGGACAUGGCCUAUCGGGAAACGAAUCCGAAUCAGAAGGACACUCGAAACAACCCUGA